ACAAAGCCAAGCCAACGUAAGAAAGCUUCAAAAACAAGACUUUAUCCCUAAAAAACAACCCUCUUACUUGCGAUUUAUCAUUAUCCCUAACAAAGGCAGUCAUGUCGCCAGGUCCCGUUGUUGAGGCUGAGAUUCCGGCCGCCAAGCCUGAAGAAGUCGAGAAGAUCUCUUCCACUAAUGAGGAGAAGCCUCAGCACGAAGAUGAGCCUGUAGUGGAGGAUUUGAAGGAGGAUGAAAAGGAAGACGACGAGGACGAUGACGAUGAGGACGACGACGAUGAUGAGGAGAAGGAAGAUGGGACUCCAGGGGCAAAUGGAAGUUCAAAGCAAAGCAGAAGUGAAAAGAAGAGUCGCAAGGCAAUGUUGAAGCUGGGGAUGAAACCUGUUACUGGUGUUAGCAGGGUUACUAUCAAGAGAACCAAAAAUAUACUAUUUUUCAUCUCAAAACCAGAUGUUUUUAAGAGCCCAAACUCUGAGACAUAUGUAAUUUUUGGAGAAGCUAAGAUUGAGGACUUGAGCUCCCAGCUGCAGACACAGGCUGCCCAACAGUUUAGGAUGCCAGACAUGGCAUCUGUGCUUCCAAAGUCUGAUAUUUCUGGUGCAGCUGCUGCUUCACAGGCAGACGAAGAAGAGGAAGAAGUUGAUGAGACUGGAGUUGAGCCUCGAGACAUUGAACUAGUUAUGACACAAGCAGGAGUGUCAAGGAGCAAGGCAGUUAAGGCUCUCAGGACACACAAUGGAGACAUUGUUAGUGCUAUAAUGGAGCUUACUAAUUAACUUGGUUCUGGUGGCUCCAUGGUUUUUAUCUUUUAAUCUUGUUUUAUGUUAAUGAGUUCUUGGAACAUUUAAUUAAUGUAGUCAGAUUGGGUCACAUAUCAUCAGGUGGCUAAAUUAUUGGUUGUUUCUGUCAAACUUGAUAAUUCUAUUGCAAUGCAGUUUUUCAGAAAAUAUCA